CUGCUGCAUGGACGAGCACCGGAGCCUGCUGCGCUCGCCGGCAUCCUCCUCCUCCAGCAGGCACCCGCGGGGCGGCGGCAGCAGCAGCAGCCACCACAACCCGGGCUACACCGAGCCGCCGCCCCCCGAAGCCCCCCAGCCCGGCCCCGAGCAGGAGGAGGGGGAGGAAGCAGAGGAAGAGGAGGGCGGCAUGACCGUGGUGCUGGGUGGGGGGGACCCCCUGCUGGAGGAGCCCCAGCACCCCCACCCGCUGCUGGCGGGGGAACGCUACGACCACCCCCCGGCCCAUGUCCCGCUGCCCCCCGGCCACCACCCGGCGGGCGGCGGGGAACACGAGUGCUGCGAGCGGGUGGUGAUCAACAUCUCGGGCCUGCGCUUCGAGACCCAGCUCAAGACCCUGGCCCAGUUCCCCCAGACCCUGCUGGGCGACCCCCGCAAGCGGAUGCGCUACUUUGACCCCCUGCGCAACGAGUACUUCUUCGACCGCAACCGGCCCAGCUUCGACGCCAUCCUCUACUACUACCAGUCCGGGGGCCGCAUCCGGCGCCCGGUCAACGUGCCCAUCGACAUCUUUUCAGAGGAGAUCCGCUUCUAUCAGCUGGGCGAGGACGCCAUGGAGAAGUUCCGGGAGGACGAGGGCUUCAUCCGCGAGGAGCAGAGGCCCCUGCCCGACAAGGAGUUCCAGCGCCAGGUGUGGCUCCUCUUCGAAUACCCGGAGAGCUCCGGGCCGGCCAGAGGCAUCGCCAUUGUCUCGGUCCUCGUCAUCCUCAUCUCUAUUGUCAUUUUCUGCCUGGAGACCCUGCCUGAGUUCAGGGACGAUCGUGACUAUGAGGGGACGGGGGGGACCUUCGGCACGAGCAGCGGCCCCUUGGAGACAGACACCUUCACCAACUCCUCCUCCGUGGCUGUCUCGAUGGUCUCGUCCUUCACCGACCCCUUCUUUGUGGUGGAGACGCUGUGCAUCAUCUGGUUCUCUUUUGAGUUGCUUGUCCGCUUCUUUGCCUGCCCCAGCAAGGCCACUUUCUCCAAGAACAUCAUGAACAUCAUCGAUAUUGUGGCCAUCAUCCCCUACUUCAUCACCUUGGGCACGGAACUGGCUGAGAGGCAGGGGAACGGCCAGCAAGCCAUGUCCCUGGCCAUCCUCAGGGUCAUUCGGCUGGUCAGGGUCUUUCGUAUCUUCAAGCUCUCACGACACUCGAAAGGGCUGCAGAUCCUGGGGCAGACCCUCAAGGCCAGCAUGAGGGAGCUGGGUUUGCUCAUCUUCUUCCUCUUCAUCGGAGUCAUCCUCUUCUCCAGCGCUGUCUACUUCGCAGAGGCGGAUGACCCCACCUCAGGCUUCAGCAGCAUCCCCGAUGCCUUCUGGUGGGCGGUGGUGACCAUGACCACAGUGGGCUAUGGGGACAUGCACCCAAUCACCAUUGGGGGCAAAAUUGUGGGGUCCCUCUGUGCCAUUGCCGGGGUGUUGACCAUUGCCCUUCCCGUGCCUGUGAUAGUCUCCAAUUUCAACUACUUCUACCACCGGGAGACCGAAGGCGAGGAGCAAGCCCAAUAUCUGCACGUAGGGAGCUGCCAGCACCUCUCCUCUACGGAGGAGUUGAGGAAGGCGCGUAGCAAUUCCACGCUGAGCAAGUCGGAGUACAUGGUGAUAGAGGAGGGGGGAAUCAACAACACUGCAUUCAAACAGGCUGCCUUUAAGACGGGCAACUGCACAGCUACAAACAAUCCCAAUUGUGUGAACAUCAAAAAGAUCUUCACUGAUGUUUAAAAAAAAAAAGCCUCUGAGGAAAUGUUGAAAUAAUAAUAAUAAUGCAAAGUGACCAUGUAAUCAGUAUUGUCUGGAACAUGCAUCAUCAUUGGUCUGUGUGCGCCCUUGUCCAACACCUAUAUUUUUUAGAUCAUUCCUUUGAAAGAACAAAGAAGAGGAUUACAAAAGAAUCAGAAGAUAAGAGGAUGGGGGUGUUUGCAGAAAGGAAGAUCAGAGGACAAAAAAGAAGAACACGCUCCCCGUUGAAACAGGUGUUUUUUUCUGCAACACGUUUCAGGGCUGCUUUGUAGGGGAGGGGUUGUGGGCAGCUGGCCUCUUUUCUUGUUUUCGCAAAGAGUCGUUGUGUAGCCGGUUUCUUUUUCGAUCACACACACACAUGCACUUGUUGGACUGAAAACCAUGAGUUGGAAGGGAAGAAACUAAAAUUAUAUUGCAGAGCCUGUUGGCAGGCAAGGGGAGGGAAUAACCAUUUAAUUUUGCAAAGCAUCUCUGCUACCACAUUGUUAAAUGAUGCUUAAUAUUGAAAGUGUGGUAUAUGUCCUUUAUGGGCAUAUUUCUUUUCUUCCCCAGCCAGAUCGUCUAUGAAAUUCUAAUCUGUUCAGAGACCCAAGUGUAAUCAGUUUUGAUUUAAUCAGAAAAAUGCCCCCCUUCUCUAUUCCUAAUUCCCUUCUCCCACAACUGUAUGGAAUUGUUUCAUCCAACCCAAAAUUCCUGGCUGCAUGGUAUGUAUGGGGAAAUGUUCUUCCCACAUGGAAAGGAUUAACAAUUGACUAACCGAACAGCAUCCUGAGCGUUUGAACAUCCUAUGAUGCCAAUGCAGAUUGGGGAUAGUUAAGCUCCCAUUAAACCAGUAAUGGGCUUUUUGAAGUGACUCCAGCCUCAGACAAAACCUACCAAGAGCCUAGAAACAAAUGGGGGGUGGUGGUGGUAUUUUUGUCCAUUUCCAAUGCAUCUGAGAUAAGCGUCUGCAUCUAUCACAAGAAGAUUAAAGUGACAAACGCCUUCCAGUGGAAGUUACUAAUUCGGACCUGAGUGAUGCAGUUUCCAUAGCAACCCUGGUUUCCUGGGAAACCCCAAAAGGUUGUCAUGGUAUCCCUUCGCCCCAUCCCCCUUCAUCCUGUGCUGUUUCCACAGUAACCCUUCCAGAUGGUUCCAACUUCUGUGAUUCCACGGAAAAGCCACUGCCCUGGUAAACUGCACACACACAUACAGAGAGUUAAUCCCAGAGAGAUUUAGGAGUAGAAACUAGUCAUUAUCCUAGAUGCAUGGUUCUUUAGAUCUGAAACAUUCCUGAAGCCCUGGUACCUACCAAAUCAAGAAGCAAGAUGAUCAUCCGUGGAAUGCUGCUACGCACAUGUGCUGAAUAAAACACCUGUUCAUAGGCAAUAAACGCAACAAACCUCCAAAUUACCCUCACUAUCAAGUUAAUAUCUGGGCAGUGAAAUUGAAAAUUGAUUCCCUAUAUGCAAAUCUAUACAUCUGCUCAGAAGUUCUAGAAAGGCGAUCUCAUUCCUGACAGAAUAAACCAUGCUUAAACUUGUGGUACGUGACCUAGAUUUUUCAAAAACCUCCCUCCAACUCCA